ACUCACCUGCAGCCCUCGCGGAACGCCAACUCGCUGAGCGGAAGUUUGGCGUUUAGUUCACGUUUCAUUUAGCGUCGCCGCAUUGCAAACUGAGCUGCUCCUUUUGCUUCUGUAAUUUCAUUGACGUUUCACAGAGCGUUCACGCGCUACAUAUUGCAUUAGCGCAUUUACUGUAGCAGUUCUGGAACGGCACCGGUGCACAUAAUGAAGGGCGUAUGCUUACAAUGCAUCAACAGCGGAUACAUCACUUUCUCAGAUCAUACAGCGCUUUGCAGACAGUCUACUCUUCGCACGCCGUGUUUGGAUCACCAACACUUCUCAACAGGGAUUCCUUCAUGUUUGGUCGCCUAUCCCAUUAUCUGGUUUUGCAGAUCAUAUCUCAAGAAUCUGAAAUGGAGUCAAACUUGCGAAGACAGGUCUGUGACUUGAAGGCAGAACUGGGUGGAAUAAGCAUUGUGGAUGAAUUUGCCAAAUAUGCCAAAAUUCAGCGCAAAAUAAAUAAGAUGUCAGAAGAAAUUACUCAUCAAGCACAACUCAAAACAACUUACACAUUCAAGGUCCGACUGGCAGCCACAGCAGCUCUCUAUGCUCUCGUUGCCAUGACAGUGGUGUACCUCCUCUGGAAUUACCGGAGUCAACCAAUCGUGGUCCUUCCUGAAGGCUGGCUCUCACCAUUGUCGUCCUGGCUUGCCCCUUCAGCAGAUUAUCCAGGGGGCAUUGGAUUGACACCAUGGCUGCUCAUCUCUGCUUCAGUAGGAAGACUCAUGGUGAAGAAUUUGUAGCUCAGCAUUGAAGAGAUGCUAGUUUGUACAUUCUUUCCCUGUGCAAUUUGUGUACAAUUUUGUAAUGCAAGAUAUGUCUAUUGCACGUGUGCCACAAAUAUAACUAUGUCUCCGA